AUGUCUGUGGACGUUACCAUCAAGCCCAGUUUGCCCCUGCUGGCCUCUGCUCCCAAUCCUACCACUGUGUCCCUCCCUCUGCCAUCUGGGCCAGCCAGGGAGACUGGGCCUAAGCUGCUGUCUGACCCCCCACAACACAGGCCUCACAUGGAGUGUGUCCUCAUGGUCCACCCCCACAGUGUGUCCUCAUGGUCCACCCCCACAGUGUGUCUUCAUGGUCCACCCCCACAGUGUGUCCUCAUGGUCCACCCCCACAGUGUGUCUUCAUGGUCCACCCCCACAGUGUGUCUUCAUGGUCCACCCCCACAGUGUGUCCUCAUGUGUGUCCUCAUGGUCCACCCCCACAAUGUGUCUUCAUGGUCCACCCCACAGUGUGUCCUCAUGGUCCACCCCCACAGUGUGUCUUCAUGGUCCACCCCCCACAGUGUGUCCUCAUGGUCCACCCCCACAGUGUGUCCUCAUGAUCCACUCCCACAGUGUGUCCUCAUGGUCCACUCCCAUAGUGUGUCUUCAUGGUCCACCCCCACAGUGUGUCUUCAUGGUCCACCCCCACAAUGUGUCUUCAUGGUCCACCCCCACAGUGUGUCCUCAUGUUCCACUCCCACAGUGUGUCUUCAUGGUCCACCCCCACAGUGUGUCCUCAUGUUCCACUCCCACAGUGUGUCUUCAUGGUCCACCCCCACAGUGUGUCUUCAUGGUCCACCCCCACAGUGUGUCUUCAUGGUCCACCCCCACAAUGUGUCUUCAUGGUCCACCCCCACAAUGUGUCUUCAUGGUCCACUCCCACAGUGUGUCCUCAUGUUCCACUCCCACAAGUGUGUCCUCAUGGUCCACUCCCAUAGUGUGUCUUCAUGGUCCACCCCCACAGUGUGUCCUCAUGGUCCACUCCCACAGUGUGUCCUCAUGUUCCACUCCCACAAGUGUGUCCUCAUCGUCCACUCCCACAAGUGUGUCCUCAUGGUCCACUCCCAUAGUGUGUCUUCAUGGUCCACCCCCACAGUGUGUCCUCAUGGUCCACCCCCACAGUGUGUCUUCAUGGUCCACCCCCACAGUGUGUCUUCAUGGUCCACCCCCACAAUGUGUCUUCAUGGUCCACCCCCACAGUGUGUCUCGUCCUUCAGUAACCCCAACAGCCCAAUUCCAGUCUUCCAGUUCACCAACAGCCCAAUUCCAGUCCUCCAGUUCACCAACAGCCCAAUUCCAGUCCUCCAGUACAUCCAACAGCCCAACUCCAGUGCUCCAGUUCCCCCAACAGCCCAACUCCAGUGCUCCAGUUCCCCCAACAGCCCAACUCCAGUGCUCCAGUUCCCUUAA